AUGAAUGCCACACUUCUUGCCCCUUUCACGGAAGAGGAGAUUAAAUUAGCUACGCACCAACUUGGAGCUGACAAGGCACCUGGCCCUGACGGCUUCCCAGGAAUGUUCUACAAAUUCUUCUGGAAUAUUGUCAAACCCAUUGUCUGUGGCACCACUAGUGAUCUUCAAUUUGGUCGAUGCCGUUUGGAAGCCCUUAAUAAGACUUUCAUUGCUCUGAUUCCUAAAGUCCAAGCGCCAGUGAGCACUAAUCAGUUUAGGCCAAUUGGCCUAUGCAACAACUCUUACAAGAUUUUGGCUAAAGUCAUUGCAAACAGACUGAAAUCGAUUCUCCCAGACAUCAUUUUGAAAACCAGAAUGCCUUUGUGCCAGAGAGGCAAAUCCAAGACAAUAUUCUCAUGGCACAUGAGACAUUUCAUUAUUUGA